AUGCCUGUUCCGCUGCCGCUUGAUCUUCCCCUCGCCUUUGCCGGCCCCGCGCUUGCGACGACACUUGCUUAUUUGAACGCCAGGUAUUCCCUCUUCUACGACGCGAAGAUUUUCCACGGCCUCUUCAAGUCGAUCAUCAAAUCCCGCCUUGCGCAGCGUCGCGACCAUCUGAACCUCUUCUACCUUCUGGAAGCUCAUGCGUUGGAUCCGACCUCGAAAGACCGCCCCUUCAUCGUCUUCAACGGCCGCAGCUGGACAUUCCACGAGACGUAUGUGACCGCCUUGCGAUAUGGCACAUGGUUUAAGAAAGUCCACGGCAUCAAGUCCCGUGAGAUUGUUGCUCUGGACAUGAUGAACUCGUCGACUUUCCUGUUCAUCUGGCUUGGACUCUGGAGUAUCGGCGCGGUGCCUGCCUUUAUCAACUAUAACCUGACCGGGAAGCCUUUGACACAUUCUGUCCGCACCUCUACCGCUCGACUGUUGAUCGUCGACGAAGACGUUCGUUCGUCCUUUGGUCCCGACGAGCUGGCAACGUUCGCCGCACCUGAUUUUCGGGAAGAUGGCGGGUCAAUCGAGGUUAUCUUCCACACGCCUGAUAUUGAGGCUCAGAUCCUGCAGACCGAGGCCAUCCGGGAGGAUGACAAGGCACGCGCAGGCGUUGAUCUCAGGGAUAUGGCGGUACUGAUUUACACCAGCGGCACGACAGGGUUGCCAAAACCUGCCAUUGUCAGUUGGAGGAAGUGCUGGACUGGAAGCAUCUUUGUCAGCACGUUCAUCGAAUUGGCCAAGACUGACCGUGUCUUCACCUGCAUGCCCCUCUAUCACUCGUCCGCUGCUGUUCUGGCUUUUGUGGCUACAUUGAUUGUCGGAUCCACGCUUAUUGUCGGGCGCAAAUUCUCCGCGAGAAGCUUUAUGAAAGAGGCUCGCCUGAACGACGCUACAGUCAUUCAAUAUGUGGGUGAAACUCUGCGGUAUCUGCUUGCUGCCCCUCCCGACAUCGAUUCUGUCACGGGAGAGGAUCUGGACAAGAAGCAUAAUGUCCGCAUGGUGUAUGGAAACGGUCUACGACCGGACGUCUGGAAUCGGUUCAAGGAGCGCUUCAACGUGCCAACGGUUGCAGAGUUCUACGCUGCCACUGAAGGUACAUCAGGAACUUGGAACUUUUCGACGAACGACUUUGGAGCGGGAGCGAUCGGGCGCAACGGCUUGUUCAGCGGAUGGCUGUUUAGUCGAGGCUUGACCAUUGUCGAGGUGGAUCAAGAAUCGCAGGAGCCAUGGCGCGAUCCUCAGACAGGGUUCUGUAAGGCAGUCCCUCGAGGCGAAGCAGGCGAGCUUCUGUACGCCAUCGACCCGCUCGACCCCGCGGAGACAUUCCAGGGAUACUACCGCAACCAAAAGGCGACGGAGAGCAAGAUCAUUCGUGACGUGCUCCGCAAAGGCGAUGCCUAUUUCCGCACUGGCGAUAUGAUCAAAUGGGAUACCGAAGGCCGCUGGUACUUUUCAGACCGGCUCGGCGACACAUUCAGAUGGAAGAGUGAGAACGUGUCCACCAGCGAAGUCUCGGAGGUUUUGGGAGUUCACCCGGAAGUGCACGAGGCCAACGUUUAUGGUGUAACAUUACCGAACCAUGAUGGCCGUGCAGGCUGUGCAGCCAUUGUGUUCAGCCAACAGCUGCAGGCGGCGGACCCCUCGGUCCUCGUCGUUCCAACUCCAGAGACAUUCAAGAGUCUUGCGGCACAUACUCUGCGCAACCUACCUCGAUUCGCUGCGCCAAUCUUCCUGCGCGUCACCACUGAGAUGCAAGCCACUGGCAACAACAAGCAGCAGAAGCACGUGCUGCGCACCGAGGGUGUCGACCCGGGUAAGGUGGGGGCCACGGAUAAGCUGUACUGGCUUCAAGGCGACACUUAUGUGCCGUUCGAGGAGAAGGACUGGAACAAGCUUCAGGGUGGACAGGUGAAGCUAUAG